UAUACAUCCUAUAUAUCAAAACAUUAAUUUUGCGGUAACACUAAAAAAAAACAUACCACAAAGAUGAUUUCAUAUCAUUAUUAUUUUGCAACACUUGUUAUAGUCUUGAUCGUAAACGUGCCAUCCGAAGCACAACUAUCGUCGACGUUCUACGAUAGUACAUGUCCUGAUGCGCUGAGUACAAUCCGGACAUCCAUCCGGCAGGCCGUGACGGACGAGCAGAGGAUGGCGGCAUCCCUUGUUCGCCUCCACUUCCAUGAUUGCUUCGUUCAGGGAUGUGAUGCAUCACUCCUACUGGAUGAUACCGCCGGAGAAAGAGCUGCAUUGCAAAAUGCUAAUUCUGUGAGAGGCUUCGAAGUGGUGGAAGCCGCCAAGCAGGCGGUGGAGGCGAUAUGCCCCGGGGUGGUGUCGUGCGCGGACGUGCUGGCGGUGGCGGCGCGUGAUGCCACGGUGGCGGUGGGGGGACCGUCGUGGACGGUGAAUCUGGGGAGGAGGGAUUCCCCCGCUGCCGCCAGCAGAUCACUCGCUGAAGCCGACCUUCCUAGGUUUACCGAUCCUCUUCCCACGCUCAUAUCCAACUUUGAAAACAAGAACUUAAAUGAGAGGGAUAUGGUUGCUUUGUCAGGGUCCCACACGAUCGGGCAAGCACAAUGCGCGACUUUCCGGGACCGGAUCUACGGUAACGAGAGCAUCGACGCCGAUUUUGCGAACACAAGGCGGCGCAAUUGCCCUCAAGCCAGCGGCGACGGCAACGGCAAUCUGGCGCCUUUAGAUGAGGUGACCCCCAAUACCUUCGACAACAACUACUUUAGGAAUUUGUUGCAGAGAAGAGGUCUGCUGCAAUCGGAUCAAGUUCUUUUCAGCGGAGGAUCGAGCGACAGCAUUGUGCAGGAAUACAGCAACAAUCCUGCAACCUUCGAAUCUGAUUUCGCGGCCGCCAUGAUCAAAAUGGGAGACAUCGAGCCCUUGACUGCUGGAAAUGGGAAUAUUAGAAGGACUUGCGGUUCUAGUAAUUGAUUUCCAAAUUCAACUAUGUCUGCCGGUUUUGUUGUUAUUGAGUGUAUCAUUUUGUUGCCGUCAA